AAUUUUACAGAAACCCAUAAGUGCAAAAAAAAAUUAUUGAUAUUAAAGAAGAAACAUGUAAGCUAAAAUAAUAAACUUCAAAACUAUUGAAUGAAAAACUGAAUUCUUUAAUGAAAAUCUAAAUUGCUUAUCGAAUACACAAAUGUUAGAUAAAAAAUACGACAUUAAAAAUGUAAGUAGAUAAAAAAUCAAAUCAUUAUUUUAAGAAAGUGAUUAUAAACUAAAAUAGAGAAAAUUUUCUCUAAAAUAACCAUUGAAUAUAAAAGGCUAUUUAAAAAAGGCUAUAUUAUCUAAUUAAACAGUCAUUGAUUAAAUAAAAAAAAAAAUGAAAUUUAGAUAAGGCAGUUCAGAGAACGUUAAUACAAGUGACGAAAUCGUGGAAUGAACCCGGUCACGUGGUCUGAAAUCAGGCACGUUGCCACAAGAUUAUGGGAACGGGAUAUAGUUGUGACAAUCUGGUCGAAAGUAGCCGGACAUCUAUUGGCACCAUUAAACUAUAUGUAGAUGAGAAUAUUCAAAAGCUGUAUUUUAAUUAGAUUGGGGGCAGGGGCAUGGUGCAAUAUUGUAGUUGGAGCUGGAAGGACUUGUGGUUGGGAGAGGGCGUGUGGGACGGAGUAUCACGUGCAGAUAGACUGUAUAUGGAGAUUUAUUGCCCAGGCCAACUGGUCUGAAUCCUUUGGUUUUGUGGUAAUGGUCUGUUUUCUUUUGAGAAUUGUCUAAUGAAGACAGAGAUAACGAACCCCUCAAAUCUCAAUAGAGUGUCUGACGUAUGCAGGACAUUUUUCAGUAUGUUUUACACCAGUAAUAUGGGUUGAUUUUAUUUCGAAUGUUUGAGCUUUUAAAACAAAUAAUCUCAUAACUUCAUUUUUUAAUUGACAAUCUUGUAUUUUACACAAUGAUUUAGUUUUCUAUAUUUUUCGGUAUAGUUUUCUAUAGACAUGCAUUUUUUUCUUAUUCUUUUAAAUUUGGUUUGCACUUAUGGGCUCCCGUAAAAUUCUCUUUAUUCAUUUAUUUUUGACAAUCCAAUUGCUCGAAUUGAUUUUAUACAGUUGUGAUGUAAAUACUAGAAUCAUUUACUAUGUAUUUAUUUUAUUGUUACAUUUAAAUGCUGAUGUGCUGUAAUGCCCAAAGUUGUAUUAAUUGAGAAAAAAAACCCACCAUAAUGCUAAAUGAUAUAGGACAGGAAAUUCGAAAUAGUGUUUAGUCAUGGAUGCUAAACCUUUUGUUAUUAAACAAAAUCAACAUUAGAAGUUUAACGAUAGAAAUAUUUGCAAUUAAGAAUUAUUCUUUCAUUUUGUUUUUCAUAAUAACAACCAAUCUUACACACAGCGAUUAAAAAUUAUUGUUAUUUAUCUAUAUACCUCAUUGCCACACAUCUGAAAUAAACUUCCUUGAUGCCAGUAGUACCCACGUGACAUUUUUAAUGGCUUAAAUAUGUAUUAAAAAUACCAUUCAAAAUAAAAUAAUAAAGCCAACAUUUUGAAAAUAUCUACAAAAAUAUUUAGAUGAAGAAUGAUAUACAUAUCUUGAUUUGAUGUAUCUAUAUGCCGGCAGGUGUGCACUAAAUGUACACUAUGGGUGGGUUAUAAUACGGAAGAAAUUCCCCAGUAAACAAGGAAAUUUUGAUGUUUGGCUGUUUGGUGAAGGUAGGAAAUAUUCUAAUCAUGCAUUGUUUUUGCUUCGUUAUACUGUGUACUCUGAUGUUCCAAAAUGCGGAGAGUUCGUCUGAUGAUAAAUACGGAGCCAUUCUCCGAAUAACCAAGAAAGGACUUACUUAUGCUGCUAACACGGCUUUUCCAGAAUACUGGUCAAAGAAGGAUAUCAAAUUGAAUUUUUCUAUUCCACGUGUGAAUGAAACUGCUGACGAUGUCAACUAUUUCAUUGAAAGCUUGCAUUUGAUGACCAAAAUGGACAAUGAGAGUUUCAAAGUUUCUGUCGAUAUAGAAGAGGAAUCGAAAUGUGUGAAAAUAUCGAUUCAUGAUUCCCUAGCAACGUUUGAAGGAAAAGUCCAGUGCCGACACAUAAAGGACAGAAGUCGUGUUCAGAACUGUAGCAUUACUAUGAAUAUUCCGUGGUAUUUUAAAGUUCACAUUGGAAUGAACAAGUCUGGUAAUUUUAGCUCGAGUGUAUGUAAAGGUGAAGAAAACUGUUUGAUACCCGUGUCAGAUAUGAAUAUCAGUUAUGAUAAUUGCGCCCCCUCAGAAGAGCAGCUAUGCACACAAGGUGAAGCAAAGUUUGAAAAGAUCUUCAAAGAACAACUUAAAAAGUAUCUAAAAUUGCUGGAUGUUUGUACCCAUAUAGAGUCCUUUGUCAUAACCACUUUGAACAAACAAAUGCAAACCAUUGAACUGAUGCCUCACAUAAAACAUCUAUUUGUGGUUGACAUACACAUGUCCAAGGAACCGACAUAUUACAGAGACUUCAUAGAAACAUAUCACAAGGGCGAUGUUUACUGGUAUUCAACCAUGGAGAAAUACCCAACUCUCCAUGCCAACGUUACACUCGACGCUGACAAUUCUAAAAUGCUGUAUAUAUGGGUGUCCAAAUAUGCAAUGGAAUCAUUCUUCAGAGGAAUUCAAUUACACGGAAUGCUUCACUUCACAAUCAAAGCUGAGCAUGUUGGGCUCCAUAAUAGGUCUUUAAGUGGCUUAAAUACAACCUGCUCGACUGGAGUUUGUGUUGGCAGACUAUUACCGAUGCUAGAAAAGCUAUAUCCCAACUGUUUCAUGGACCUAGAUGUAUACAGUGUGGAUGUUCCUAAAAUGAACUUUGAAAAAAAUCUGGCUGUGGUAGAGGGGAAAAUGGUAAUGUUUGUUUACGUCAGGAACCCUUAUCUGGGCAAUUCCACACUCCUUGCAAAUUUAACUGGGACUGUGAAUUUGCGUUUUAAUAUAUCUAUGGACAGUGCUGCAUUUCAUGGAGAAGUUGCCGCAUUUGAUCCAGAUUUACAGAGUAUUCAUUCGUUCAUCGAAGGCUUUGAUAUACAGACAGUGGACUUCAUACUUAGAAGCGCAGUUGUGGUAACAGUUGAACCAAUUCUAAACGAUUAUGGAAGAAAAGGAUUGGAUUUUCCAGUUAGGUUUACAGAAGUACAGAACGCCGAAGUUAAGCUGAUUGAAAAUGCCAUGGUCAUUGGAUGUGACAUCAAGCACCACAGGAAGGAAGAUAAUUAGGUGAUAUAUCCCGUUGACGUGUGAGAUGUUGCUAUUUCCAUCUAUGUGUGGCAUUGUGAUUUAUUCGAAACAUUUGCCUGAUUCGGAACAAAAUCCUAGACUGUUGCAUUCGUGAACCACUGGAAAAAGUUACCAUUCAUUUGUCAAAACGAUUUCCUUUUGUUGUUUGGUUUCCAUAAAGGACAUUUCAAGGGAACCAAUCUGAUUAAAAUCAGCUCCUCAAUAAAGGAGCUGAUCGAGGAGCUGAUUUUAAUCAGAUUGCCAGAGAAAUGAAUUUUUAUUGCAACAAGUACAUUGUGUUUGGAACAAAAUCAUUUUCUGUCAGAAAAAAUGAUAGCUCCUUAUGCGUAUAUAUAUUGAAAUUGAUACUUUCAUACUUCAGGCUGUAAAUCUUAAAUAUAUUGGGUUGCGUUAAAACUACA